GGCGGGGCGGGAGAGGGCAGUCAGCCUGUGCCCGUGGCUCCGCCGCUGCCGUCGCGCACCGCUCGGAGCUCACUGGAGGUGGGCGAGAAAGAGUGCGAGAGCGCGGGGGAGGAGCCGAGCGGGGCGCGUCCUGAGAGCGCCGCCACCGCCCCCCCGGAGUCCGCUGGAGCGCGGAGCCCCCUGCAGGGGAGGCGGCGAGCGGCUGGCGGGACGCGGCGGCGGGCGCGGACCAUGCAGUCCCGGCCCGGCCAGUGCCGGCUGCUCGCUGUGCUGUGAGGUGGCCGGGUCCCCUCCAGCCGCCGCACCCCUCCGUCUUCCAGCCAAGUGCUGCCCGGCGCCCUUGCCCUUCGUCUGGGCUUCGGGUCACCGGUGGAAGGCACGGCCUGCCCCUGCCCUGCUCUGCCCGAAUCAUGCAGGGGGCCCCGAAGGAAGAGAAGGCGACUGACCGGCCCGCGCCAACCGUGGUCGUGGGGCAUCCUGCUCUCUGAAACGCCCCCCACCUGCUGCCAUGUGUCGCCGCCACAGGUACCUAGCUUGUCGUUAAACUUUUCCAGCUCUGGCCGGAUUCGGAGUCUCGGGACGGAGGAGCCCGACUGGCUGCAGACAUCUGCCGCCCAGCAGGACCCUCAGAGAGUUGUGUCCUUGGAAUCGGAGCCCUAAUCGUCUCUCUAGCCCUAUCUGGCGUGGAGCGCUGCCGGCGGAGGCAGCGCCUUCCCCAGGCAGUUUAUCUUUGGACGGAUUUCUUUAAGAGAAAAAGAAACCAACAGGUUGCCAGCCCGGGCGUCACACUCAAGAUUCCGGAGAGGGGGAAGCCGGGGCCGCGGAUUCGUCGGUCAGCGCCGACCCUUGCGGGCAGCGGGAGGCAAGGGGAAGAAGGGGGCGAUGGCUCGGCCCGACCCGUCCGCUCCGCCCUCACUGCUGCUGCUGCUACUCGCGCAGCUGGUGGGCCGGGCAGCGGCCGCCUCCAAGGCCCCGGUGUGCCAGGAAAUCACAGUGCCCAUGUGCCGAGGCAUCGGCUACAACCUGACGCACAUGCCCAACCAGUUUAACCACGACACGCAGGACGAGGCAGGCUUGGAGGUGCACCAAUUCUGGCCGCUGGUGGAGAUCCACUGCUCACCGGACCUGCGCUUCUUCCUGUGCUCUAUGUACACACCCAUCUGCUUGCCCGACUACCACAAGCCGCUGCCACCGUGCCGCUCCGUGUGCGAGCGCGCCAAGGCCGGCUGCUCGCCUCUCAUGCGCCAGUACGGCUUCGCCUGGCCGGAGCGAAUGAGCUGCGACCGCCUCCCUGUGCUGGGCGGUGACGCCGAGGUUCUGUGCAUGGAUUAUAACCGAAGCGAAGCCACCACCGCGUCCCCCAAGUCCUUCCCGGCCAAGCCCACCCUCCCAGGCCCUCCAGGGGCGCCAUCUUCCGGGGGCGAGUGCCCCUCCGGAGGUCAAUCUGUGUGCACGUGCCGCGAGCCCUUCGUGCCUAUCCUGAAGGAGUCACACCCUCUCUACAACAAGGUGCGCACCGGCCAGGUGCCCAACUGUGCAGUGCCCUGCUACCAGCCGUCCUUCAGCCCCGAUGAGCGCACGUUCGCCACCUUCUGGAUUGGCCUGUGGUCUGUGCUCUGCUUCAUCUCCACGUCCACCACCGUUGCCACCUUCCUCAUCGACAUGGAGCGAUUCCGCUACCCCGAGCGCCCCAUCAUCUUCUUGUCUGCGUGCUACCUGUGUGUGUCGUUGGGAUUCCUGGUGCGCCUGGUCGUGGGCCAUGCCAGCGUCGCCUGCAGCCGCGAGCACAGCCACAUCCACUAUGAGACUACUGGCCCUGCGCUGUGCACGGUCGUCUUCCUUCUAGUCUACUUCUUUGGCAUGGCCAGCUCCAUCUGGUGGGUCAUCCUGUCGCUCACCUGGUUCUUGGCGGCUGGCAUGAAGUGGGGCAACGAAGCCAUCGCAGGCUAUGCCCAGUACUUCCAUCUUGCUGCCUGGCUCAUCCCCAGCGUCAAGUCCAUUACAGCGCUGGCACUAAGUUCUGUGGACGGGGACCCUGUGGCCGGCAUCUGCUAUGUGGGCAACCAAAACCUGAACUCGCUGCGUGGCUUCGUCUUGGGCCCACUGGUGCUCUACCUGCUGGUGGGCACGCUCUUCCUUCUGGCGGGCUUCGUGUCGCUCUUCCGCAUCCGGAGUGUCAUUAAGCAGGGUGGCACUAAGACAGACAAGCUGGAGAAGCUCAUGAUCCGCAUCGGCAUCUUCACUCUGCUCUACACGGUGCCCGCCAGCAUUGUGGUGGCCUGCUACCUGUAUGAGCAGCACUACCGAGAGAGCUGGGAGGCGGCCCUCACCUGCGCGUGUCCGGGACCUGACGCUGGCCAGCCGCGCGCCAAGCCCGAGUACUGGGUGCUCAUGCUCAAAUACUUCAUGUGCCUGGUGGUGGGCAUCACGUCGGGAGUCUGGAUCUGGUCCGGCAAGACCCUGGAGUCUUGGCGGCGCUUCACUAGUCGCUGCUGCUGCAGCUCAGGGCGGGGCCACAAGAGCGGUGGCGCUAUGGCCUCAGGGGACUAUGUGGAGGCCAGCGCCGCGCUCACCGGCAGGACCGGGCCGCCCGGCCCCGCCGCCGCCGCAUACCACAAGCAAGUAUCCCUGUCCCAUGUCUAGGAGGCCAGGAGGCCGAGGCCCAGGGACAGUGCCGGAAUUGAAGGAGGGGGUUGUUUUGCUUGGUAACUUUGUGAAGGUCACUUCCGUUUACCUUCUUGGUGCUGAUGCCCCCUCCCUGCGCGGCUUGGAGAGCGAAAGAGGCCGGUUUCAAGAGAGUACCUGUCCCCAGUUUCUACCGGAGGGGGGGCUCGACUCACGUGCAGUGUAUUCUAGUUUGUACUUCUUACUGCCUUUAGAGGAACCCUGUUUUUAAUUUAUAUGUAUUUUAAUUUUUAACAUUGUUGCAUUUUGGCAACAAUUUACCUUUGUUUUGGGGGCUUCACAAUCCUCAAGCAGGCAUUGUAAUGAGAUUACCCUCGGUUCAGGUUUGAUUGGACUGUGUGGUUUAAAUUGGGAAAAUAUAUUUCCUAUACGUGUCUUUUUUUUUUUUUUUUGUGAACAGUGAAAGGCUGCUGUGACUGGGAAGGUGUGGAGUGUCUUUUAUUUUUUUUAAGGUUAGUUUUUUUCCUUACACUGCUAAAAACGUCCAGGACACUUAGAGGCCAGAGGCCAUCGGCCAGUUCUGUGUGUAGUCCCCUCAAGACCUCCCCGGGAAUGCUGAAUGAUGUGGCUAGGACUAUCCCCAAGUAACAAGGUUAGGGAGCUAAAGAUUUUUGUGAGCCUCCUUAACCUGGCUCAGCAAGCGCUGCCCUCUUCAGCCUGACCGGAGCCAUUCUCAUUCCUAAGAGUCGGCUCCGUGUCUUGAAUGUGUUAGAGGUGGUAUUCUAGAGCUGGACGUACACAUUGGCUGUGGUGAGUGAGAGCCUGAGGGAUGGCGAUUGGUUGAAUGUGAGUUCUGAAGCGGCAAGGUGACUGGCGAGGGGGUGAACUUUGUGCCGAAGAGGGAGUGGGUGGUUCUUAAUGAGCUCCAGUGAUCACUUAUUAUCUUUAAAGAAACUUGUGCUACAAAUUUCAGUCAAAGUAAAGCCACUCGCUUCUUCUGGAAGUACUUAGGAAUCCUUGCUAAAGGGGGCUCUCUUUUAGAUUAAAGGACAAAAAACGGAUGUGCUUCCAGUAAUUAAAGUAAGUUCCCAUUGCUGCUUAUCUGCUCCUCCCCCCUUUAUCAUGCUAAACACUCUUUCUCGCUUUUCUUAUUCCUCCUCCUGGAGAGCGGUGAUUAGAAGCCACACCCACCCUCCAAAGAGGUGCAGCAGCCCGGGAAGGGAGGCUAGUUACCUGAGAACAAACAUUGACUUGGAGGAAGGAAAACAAGUGUCCCUGAACUCGGAGCUAGUUUAAAGCCAGAUGACCCCAAAGCAGCAACACUGUCCCCUCGUAGUCUCUGGAAAACACACAAGAUCCAUAACUUAAGCUUUGUAAUAUGGGGCAGUUGUAAUGCCUCUGCGGGAGGGACCAUCCCCCCACCCCUGCUUUCUUUUCCUUUUCUGAGAAAGCCAGCAUUGGAAAAGUCUGUUUGCUUUCCUAAUCUGUUUAACCAUUCAUUCACUAAGAGUGUGAGGCCAAUUAAAGAAGUGACAGUGCAUCAUCAGCCCGCAAGUGCCGGUGGCCAAGACGGAAUUUAGGGAGCUAAAAUGGCCAAGCAAUUAAAACCAGCUGGAAUCUAGGCAUCCCGGUUUUCAUUUGCAGCUAAUGGGGGGGGGGGAGGAGCUAAGCCUGCAUCAGCUUUACCUCCCAGGUACUGAGUGGAGAAAUGCAUAGUUCCCACUGGGAAUUUAAAUGCUUAAGGUCCGACUCUUAAGGUUACUGGGAAGCUGUUCACAUUUGUAAAAUGUGAUGCUUGAGCCAAAAUGAAAACUUAAGUGGCUUCUGCAAAACCUCGUACACCUAGCUAUAAAGCUCUGUGAAUGUCUUAUUCUGUUUAUUCAGAAACCCCUUCCGGGAAACUCAAUAGGCUCCCUGUCUCAACACCACUUCUGCUGUUUUUCAAAUGAGGCCCUUUUCUUAUCACCUUGACCUCUUGGCUUGUUUAGCGUGUCUUCCCAGAAUCUGCUGCCCGAGCCAACUGUGCCUAGUUUGGGUUGUUCUGUCUUCAUGAAAAAGAAAAUUGUGGAGGAAUCUAGAAAAGUCAUACAGUGUUUCUAAAAGUUGAGGGAUGAAGUGGAUGAAAGUGAUUUAAUUCAUUUAAAAAAAGGAUUGUUAUUUCAUCUUAGCAACAUACCAAAGCGGUGGGGGGGGGACGACGACAAUUAAUUCCCUUUGAAAAAUAAGAAAGUUGAAACCGAUGUGAUACUAAGGGAUGGGCUACGUAGGUUUGGAAGAAGCCUCAGAAGUCUCUUUUGUUUCUGUCCUCAUCUUUCCUCUUUUCUUCUCUCCUACCCUAAGGAGACAAAGAGAGCCCACCUGCUUCCCUGAAGCCUUACUGACGGCGGCUCUAGUCUGCCCUAGGGGAGGGGAGAGGGAAGCUGUGUGUUCGGAUGGCCACCUCCUGUUCCCACCACACAUUUUCCUCUACUUUGCAUUUCUGUUGUGAUAACAAUAAGUGAAAUGACAUGAAGAGCUUUGGGGCAGUCCGGCAACCUCUCUGCCAGCUUUGUGUAGCGGGGAGGAGUUGCGCUGGUUUCAGCUCCAGUGUGCACGGUCGAGCUGCCUCACUCACCUCUUUGAGCACUAUGAUGCUGCACAGGUUACAGGGUGAGGAUUUAGGUAGUCUGCAGGGAGAGAUGGGACCUCAGUGACACCAGUGGCCAAAUGUUAGGGAGGUGUUUUUCAUUUUUAUUUAAUUUUAUAUCAUUUCCCUCCUCCCGUUUUGAAGUUGUCUAAAUUGGAUGGAAAUCAUUUUUCUUGGUGCCUUAAUUGGUUUAUUCUUGCAACCCUUUUGUCAUAGUUUGAUGUGACCGUUGCCAGUGACCAGGGCCUGUGUGUAUGCCUUGUGUGUAAUUGUGCGCAUGUACAAGCUUAAAUAAUGUGCCGAUGGCACUUGUUCUAAGUUGGUAUUCAUUAGGCUGUUCCCUCCUGGGCCAGGGCAGCACUAAUCUUGACACCGGCUGCCAGGAGACAACAUCAUGGAUCAUACACUGAACCUUAAUAACAGCAUCCGUGACCUGCACUGGCGAGUGUAGAAUGGGAACCCCAGAGCUAGAAAGCACAGUUGUGUGUUUUAAUGAACUACUGGUCCUGCUAAGGACGCUUCUUUUCGCUUUUGUGCUCUACAGAAAGACCAAGGGGGGUAGGAGGGACAAAGCUUUGAAUAAGUGCUUUCUAACACCGAAUGUAGCAAACAGGACUGAGCACAUCACAAAUCUAGGCAGGUGUGAGGUGUGAUGGCUAAGAAUUGCCUGCUGCCUCUGUGUCCUUUCUUGUCUCCGAAGUCCAAUCAAGUGAUCCUGGGAAAGAAACAGCUUGGUGACUAACCUGAUUCAAACCCUCAGAAUCUUCUGUAGCCUGUAGCUGGAUGACAAUUGCUGGAUUUUUUUCUUCAUCCAGGAUAAUGUCUGUCUGUGGUACAUCAUUUUAAGACAAUACUAAUUCAUGUUAUAAACUAUGUAUAGUAUGUAUGUUUUGUGGAUGUGUAUAUACGUAAUAUAUAUUAUAUAUACAUAUAUAUAUAUAUGAGAGAGAUUUAGUGACUUUUGAUACGGGUUGGUGCAGGUGAAUUCAUUACUGAGCCAAAUGAGGCACAUACCGAGUCAGUAGUUGGAGUCCAGGGCAUUCAGUGCUGUGUAUGGUCUGCAUACAUGUAUAGUGCCUAUCCCAUGCAGUAAGAACCAUCGUUGUCAUGCCAAAUCCAGCACUCACACGUCAGAGCCAGCAAUAUUUUAUUUGUAGACAAUCAGCUUGAAUCUAUAGAUUAUGACUGGCAAUGAUUAUAAUUCUGAAUCCAUAACACUAGCAAAAGGUAACCCUGAGUAUCUUGAAGAGAGGUUUUUUUUUUUUUUUUUUUUUUUGUCUUGUGCCUGGAAGUCAGUACAACAGCAAUUGUAUGUGGUUAUGUUAGUCUCAAGAUCCUUAACUUGUUGACCUUAUGAUUUUGGAAAUUUUUUGUAUUAUAUUUGUGGGAAGGUAAAAUAAUGGUUUAAGAUUUUUAUCAAAUAUGGAGAUUAGUUAUUUAUGAAAAACAAAGAAAUGUCUAUUUUUGUUUCUUUGUUCCCAGUUCAUGUAGAUAACUUUUUAAAAUGCAUUAAAGCAAUGGUGAAGAAAAUA